UAUGUUGUACACCCUGUCAUUUGCGUUACCUCCAAUUCGUUAUCCUGCGUUUUGAACUCAAACAGCAGGAGGCGGUCUCAUAACUGUCCUCCCGAAAGCUUGUCCUCUCCAGGCCGCCGUAGUGGGAGAUUUGCCUUCGAAAAUGGCGGAGAAGAAAAUAGCAGUGCGCUCACAGGACCCCAGCCAGCGGCGCGUGCUGGACAGCGCGACCCGCCAGCGGCGCCUCACGCGGCAGCUCGAGGCUCUGGAGAAGGACAACUUCCAGGACGACCCUCACGCGAGCCUCCCGCAGCUGGUCAAGCGGCUGCCGCAGUUCGACGAAAAUAACGAGUCUGGGAAGCGGAGAAAAAAGACGAGAGGUGACCAUUUCAAGCAGCGGUUCCGAAAAAACUUCCAGGCACUACUUGAAGAGGAAGAAUUGAGCGUAAGCGAGGGUCCUAACUAUCUAACGGCAUGUGCUGAGCCCUCCACGCUUCCUCAGCGUCAUUUCUGUGCCGUGUGCGGCUUCCCCUCCAACUACACGUGUGUGUCCUGUGGAGCUCGUUACUGCUGUGUGCGCUGCUUAGGGACACAUCAUGAGACCAGGUGCCUGAAAUGGACUGUAUGAUUCUGGAAAACAAGUCUCUUCAACAGCCUUGAGAUUCAGAUUAUGGUGUUGGACUGCACUGAAAAGGCAGAGGAACAAGCGCUAACCUUAAUUUUGCAAGGAAAACAAGUGUUCCCUGAGGAGAAAGGGGACUCUUCUUGCAAUCGGAGUGAUUUACUUCCUCAGUGGCGCUGCAGAGGUACUGAAAGAAAAGACUUGAACCCCAGAAACGGAUGUUUCAUGCACUCAUUUAAUAGUUCUUGGACUGACAGUAUCCUUGCUCAUCUGCACUGUAAUUAGCCUCAUUCCCGAGAGUCAGCACACAGAAAACCUGCGCAGCUGGACUGCAAAUCUGCUAGCAGCUUUUUUGUAUGAACUUCCUCCCAUCCCGCCUAGAUUAGGGAGGGUAAUGCGCACCCCAACACCUGGCUAGGGGUACAGAGGUCUGCUGUGUGGUGUAAACUCCAGUUAAAACGGUAGACGUGGAGCGUUCUCUUUGUUGGCCUUUCAGCAGGAUGUACCGCCUUCUUGAUUUGCUUACAUUCCUCACAAGUUAUUGGCUGCUUAUCUUUGCUCUUAAUAAGCCAGCACACACCGUCGAGGGCAGUAACCUAGUGAGAGCCAGACGUUAGGAGAAUUCCUGUGAAUUCCACAGAAAAAAGGUCUUGUUUCAUUUUGUCAUCUGUGUUUUUCGCUUUUGUUCUUUGGACAUUUCUGUCCCAUCAACUGAGGCUAAUGAGAAUAAACAUUGUGAUAAAAUAUAUUUACUGUGUGCGUUAUGUUGCUGCGUCGCAGUCAAGCAGAGCAAGAUGCUUAGCAUUUCACAACCACACCCUAUUCCCAGGCUUGUGAAACUCCAGUAAAUGGGUAAAAUGAAGAAAAUCCACAAGUUUAAAGUAAUUCUAAGUAGCUUCAGCUAGAUUUUUCUUCUAUACCAUCAUCCAGCAAGAAUACCUCCUAACUUCUGUUGUUUCUGAAGCUGCAUUAAAAAACUCAGUAUGAUCAAAUAAGAUUCUUCACAUAAGAUCUUCGAGAUCUGUUAGAUGUGUUUUAGGGCUGUUACCAUAAGAAUACCAAUACAUGAAUACAUCUUUACACUAUUCUUUUAAAUAGUAUUGUGUUUACAAUACCAAAGCUGCUUAUUUAGUCUGUAAAAUCUUAUUUGAUCAUGUCUAAAAACUGAAAUACUAAACGGAGAUAUUUUGGUCAGUAUAAUUUGCCAUGGUGAAAAACAGUGGUACAUCUCAAUGUAUGAAUUUAUUACCAAUUUAUUAUUAAAACAGAUCUAUACAUGGUGACAAAACCACUCUUCAUAAAAACACUGCCUUAGCUUGUCAAUGCUGCACCAUUUCGCAAAGAAAUGCAUAAACAGUUCUCAGUGUAUCACACAAUCAAUGAAUGUGUGC